ACAUAUUUAUAACUCCAUGCUGAGUCAUCAAGCAUAAACACGAUGAGGUGUAUUUGCUGUUUAUAACAUCGAUCACACACAUCUUAAUAUACGACUUCGUUAUACGGAUAUAAUCGGUAUAUUACCUGUGCAUGGGGUUAUAUAAAUAGGUCCAGUUACUCUUAAGAAAAAAGAAUGGCGGACUUCACUGAUAGCAAUCCGUACAAAGACGAAGGAACCGACGUCGACGCCAUUUCAGGACGCCAAGACACCGACGGAGAAGGUGGAGAUACAUCAAGGGUAAAUAGAAUGCCGCGAACAGACAUUGAAACAGAUGUUGAAACCACGCAUAACGUAGAAACUGACGUCGACGUGACGUCCGAUGUUGGUACAGACGUGGACGUAGGAACGUCUAGAGACGGCAACAUGGUGGGAAAAAAGGGAAACGUAGAAAAGACGAUGCCUGACAGGGGAGCUGUGAAAGCCAGCACAGGACUAACAUCAGCGGUGCGACCCGGACCUGAGCCUGUGAGUGUUGAGUCUGACAGCUACAACAUGGAGCACAAGCGGCGCGGGUAUGCCCUGCUCAUCAACCAGGAACGCUUCAGUGCGGAUCUGCAAAGGCAGGGCUACACCAAGAGGACGGGUACGGCGGUCGACGAGAGGAACAUUAGCAGGAAACUCAAGGAGCUAGGAUUUGACGUAACAAUAUUUCCAGAUUUAACUGCGAACCACAUUAAAAACAUGUGUGCCAAGAUGGCUGACAAGGAUCACUCGGACUGUGACUGCUUCGUCUUCGUCAUCCUGAGUCACGGCGAGGAAGGAGUUGUUUAUGGGACAGAUAAAGAGGUUGAAAUCAAAGAACUUGCCAGCUAUUUCAGGGGAGACCGCUGUCCAACGUUGAUCGGAAAGCCUAAACUGUUCAUCAUUCAAGCGUGUCGCGGAAACCAGACAGAUCCCGGGGUGAAGGUCAAUGUCACAGACGCGCUCAAAGAAGCGUCUGAUGACAAAACCGAAGUUAGGAAAGACGUUUUAACUAUUAAACUUCCAGUUGAGGCAGACUUUCUUUUUGCGUAUUCUACUGUGCCUGGCUAUUAUUCUUGGAGAAACGGUGCAAACGGUUCUUGGUUUAUCCAAGCAUUGUGUGCUGUUUUGGUGAAACAUUUAGAAAAGGGAAUUGAAAUAAGAAAGUUAUUAACCCUUGUGAACAGACAGGUUGCCCAAAAUUUCCAGUCCAGUAAUCCGGACAAUGAGGACUUCCACAGAAUGAAGCAAGUCCCCUGCAUCUCAUCCAUGUUGACCAAAGAUCUAUACCUGUGCAAGAAGAAACGGAAAAGAUAGAACAUAUGUAUUGUGAAGUUGUGCUUUUGCCAAGUUUAGCUUCAAAAUCUAUAGGCCACUGAUGCGAUUGAUCACAGACACAAUGUACCUACACACUGAUCACAAAUGUUGGUUUGAUAUAGUUAACUCAGCACGAGUAUAAGUUGUGAAGAUAUUGAAGAUAAAACAAACAAAAAAUAAAAACCAUUUAUUAAUACGUGAUAUUACAUUAACCCAAUAUAUUUUAAAUAAUACAGGUGUCUAAUGAUAUUUGAGUCUGAAUAAUGAAAAAAAGAUACAAAAUGAAACAAUAUUUACAUGCAUAUAGUCAUAGCACAUAACAAAUUAAUUUGCCGUUAACUGUUACUGGUUACUAUAGUUGUCAUUCACCGAAUUAAAUAUCUGCCAUACAUUUAAAAA